CCCUACUUAACUCUAUCACGCCGCCGCCGCCCCUCCCACGCCCAUGGACGCCGUCCCACAUCCUGCCUGGCCCAGCCCGGACUCGUUCCCAGCCCUCGCUGCUCGUUGAUCUGUUAAAGAAGACGCGCUGCUGCCAAUGCGUCGCCCCCAUUCUCCCUCCCCAACCUGCUGCCCAUGCGAGCGCUCUUUCUUCGGAACUCACCCAGACGCCAGACGCCCCAUCCGCGUCGCUCAUUUUACGCCCACACUACCCCUGUCGCACCUCCCAGAGACACCAAACACGCCUGGCUCGCCUCGACUGAACACACCAACCCUCUCUGUUUCUUGCUUCUUCCCGUCCGGCUGAGACGUCUAAAAUAAAUAUCCGCCCUGCCCAUUGCUGACCGCGCUCCCGUGUGUCCAAACACACAUCACCCCCCCCCCCUUCCCCAGACCCGCAAUCCUGGCUUCCUCUUCCUAUGGACCCAGCUGCCACCGACACCAUGUCGCGAAGUCGAACCACGCGUACCCGCUCGGCAAACUCUGGCGCCGCUGCCACGUAUGGAUACCAUAAUACUCACCAUACACACGCCCAGCUGCCCCUUGGCUCCCCGCCCUCGUAUGCCUGUGCCAUUGACCCCCAGACUAUGCGAAGGCUCCAAGCCCGAACAAAAGCAGAGCAAGAUGCUGUCCGCGCCACCCCUCUUCCACCGCCCUACACUUGCACCGUCGACAUCGAGGGCAUCGUGGGUAUCAAACAGGAACUGUCGUCGCCCUUUCAAGUCUCAGGUCACCGCGAGUGGACAGAUGUCUACGCCAUCCUCCGCGGCACUCAGUUAAGCCUCUAUCGCAUCAAGAACCCGCACCUCCUCAGCAAAAAUAGGAACGCCUCGCCGGGCCGUUUGCUCAAGACGUUUUCUCUGCAGCAUGCCGAGGUUGGCGUCGCCUCUGAUGUCAAGAAAUCGGCUUUGGUGCCAAAAUCUCCCUUCGUUCACUUGGUGCCUGUUGCAGCUCGUCCCAAGCUAUAUGAGUCGGACCCACAACUCUUUGAGCCCGUAAGAGAACACCCCAUCAGACUGCGCCUCGAGUUUGAACAAUUCUUGCUGUGCCCCCAAUCCGAGGAAAGCAUGCUCGACUGGGUAGAAUCAUUCUGUGCUGCCAUUGAUAUUAGCGCCCCGCUAGAGGACCGCAGCGAGCCUCGCUACAGAAGUUUGCCCCGAAGGAGUCGCAGACAGCGAGUCUUGGAUGCUGCACAGGUCGGAGAAAACCUCGAGGGUUUGUCGAGUAUGGAAGCUGGCCGUCGCCUCAUUGCAGAACAGGAGCAGAUUAUGCGACAACUCUACCCCAACCUAGCAGGAAACCGCGAACCAAGCACAAGCCGCUCAUCUCCAUCUGCCGAUGCCGAGAUUGACGAUUUUGAUCCAGAAGAUGUUCGCUUCCCUACACGAGAGGCAAGACAAUCUCUGGCGCGUGUCUCUUCCCAAGACCAGGACCAGGCCGAUGACGAGCAAUCCGAGAACGGAUCCGACCCCAAGUCGACACCUCUGCCUCCACCCUCGCCUGCGCAAAUGAUGCGCUACCGUCGCCGUUGUGCACCGGUACUGCUCGCUUCGUCGCCGCGGGUAAGCGAUGUUGUUUUUGCCAAGGGUCAGCGUUUCCGCAUCAGCGUAAAGGCUCAUAUGCUUGUUGAGUACACCGCCCAUCCACCGCGCUAUGACGCACAUGGUUUUCCCAAGACCAGGAGGCCGUCUCACACCAGCGCAAGCCAAGCUCCGCCCGCACCAGUUGCAGACGAAACAGCGCCUGCAACCGUUGUACCGGAACGACCAAGCUCCCCAGUCCGGGGUAUUAGCGAUGAUUCCAUAACGUCUAUUUCAUUUGGCGAAGAUCUCGCCCCUAUCAACUCAAAGUCAAACACCGAUGAGACGGGUCCAUCAGGCCCGCCCUCACCAACUGGCAAGGCGCCCAUGACGGCAGAUGCAGCCCGCCAGUUGGACACCAUUGGCAAGAGACGGCCCAGCAUAGAGAGCCGCGAGGCUAGCCUGAACCCCAUCAGUCUCGGUGUCGGACUGGUCAUUUGAGCAACAUGCCUUUCGUUUUUUCCGCAUGAUUCCCUUUGUUCUUUUUGCAUCGCACGGCGUCGGAUGAGCGAAUUAUAUGGGUGCAUCCUCAGCGCGAUUGGGCGCUGACACGCUUGUCUUUUUUAGGCGCAGCACUUUCACUGGUGUUCACAAAAACUGCUAAUUAGGAGAAAUAUAUACCCCUUUACUAUGUAUGGAUUAUAGGGAAACCGAGGAUUUUGACUAGAUUUUGGCUUGGGGGCUUCGGAUGUAUAUAGACCACGUUUAGCAAUUGUUUAAUAAACACCAUCUACAC